AUGAUUUUGAAGCAAGCUUUAUGGCUCAGCAAGCCAGUGGCUGGGCUGGUGUUGAGACAGUCGGUUCGGAGCACAUGGAUCUUGAAUCGCGUUUACAAUGGCAGUGACUUUAUUGUGUGUGAUGAAAUGGGAAGGUUACCGAAAGAGUCGACGCAUCUACCGAAUAUGAUGAAGUACGAAGUGAUCGAUUUCGAGUCGAAGCAUCCAGCUGGUCCGAUUAAAGUGAUUUUGUUGCAGGAUGUUGAAACAGUGAUUGGUCAUCAGUAUGAUGUUGUCGAGGUGGAUCGGAAGGUGGCACGAACAGAUCUGAUACCGAGCCGUAAGGCGGUUUACGCGUCUCCGUUUGAUUUGACUUAUUACGCAGCCAUCAAGGAGGCCAACAAAGAAGAACUGGCAUCACGAAUACGCAUUCCGUAUGAAUAUGUGAACAUUGGCAGACAUUUAAUGAAACUGAUAGUACGGAUACAAGUAUCGAUGGAUAACAGCUGGGUGAUCGAUGAGAACAUAGUUAAAUGUGCCCUUAGAAAUGAGAAUGUGAUCGUCACUGAUGAGAAGAGGACGGUGUUUGUGGAUGAAGCGAGUGCCAUAAAAGGACCGAAUUUCGAGAUGGAGGCGCGUUUGAUUCGCUUUUAUGUGGUGAUUUCUGGUCGAUAUAUAGUGCCGAUGCUGGGCAGGAUAUCACACAUCUGUGCAGAUGAUUCGAAACAGGUGAUUUAUCCUGAAUCGACGACAUUAACUGCGAACGAAUUAUCGAAGUGUGGUAUUGUGGAGGAAGAGCCGUAUUACCACAGUGCACCUGAAUCUGAAAUCGACGAUUCGUUUGAUGUGGUUUCAUUUAUGAAGAGUCGUAGACGAUGA